UUGCCUAAUUUUCGUAUACCGGUGAGCGGUUUCUUCAACGAAAAGAGCUUGAAAGAUGCUGUGUUUCAAAGCUGCUGUUUUUGUUAUUUUCUUAUCAUCGUUCCGACUAGUGGAGCCGUCAGGUAACUUUAUCGCAUUCAAUGCAUAUCCAACCAGAUCACUACACCUGAACAUACGUUCUAAGGUCAACGUUGUUUACGAUGGUGUAUAUUACAACUAUGGAAACGCCUACAAUCGACACACGGGUGUCUUCGAAGCGCCAUCUGAUGGGCUUUACGUAUUUUCUUGGGCAAGUGUCGUGGCACCCAGAAAGAUGUUUGACUCGGAAAUCCUUCUCAAUGGUCGAAGAAAAGGACUCGGAAACUGUAAUAAUCUUAAAGGUCAAGGAUAUGAAAACUGCUCACGAACAUACCCACUGGUUUUGAAAGCCGGAGAUAGAGUUAACAUCCGGACUGCAGGCGCAAACAACCUGGAGGGACUUUGGUCCAGUUUUUCUGGAUUCAAAGUAUAAAGGCAAUUAAAAAAUCAUACAUACUUAUGAAUUAAAGCAAGUAUAAUAAAUCA